AUAUAUAUAUAUGUAUACAUGGUCAAACCUUCUCCCUCAGAACAAGUUGUAUAUUUGAGAAGUGUGUUAGUGCGUGUUGGAGACUGUUAGUGUGUGUUGGAGUGAGUUAGUGCCUGUUGGAGACUGUUCGUGUGUGUUGGAGACUGUUCGUGUGUGUUGGAGUGAGUUAGUGUGUGUUGGAGUGAGUUAGUGCGUGUUGGAGACUGUUGGUGUGUGUGGGAGUGUGUUAGCGUGUGUUGGAGUGUGUUUGUUGUGAUGGAUGCAAGUGUGUGGUUUGCUGUGUUUGGUAUGUUUCUGCUGGUUGCCGGGGCGACACAUGAAAUGACAGAUGGAGAAACGGCUGUGGACUUGGAGGAAACCAUGCGAGAGAAGCUGGUGAGCGAACAGCAGCUUGGUGGUGUAAUUGAUGAUCAUCUCCUGAAGAAGGCACUGAGUUUGUUACUGAACAACCUUCAGAGAUACACACGUGACCCAACAGUGUUACACCACCCUCAACGGUUUGGACGUGGUUCGCACUCUGAUGUUUACACUGACGAGAGAAUUCAAUCUCGCGACUGGGACGGUGUCCCACAACAGAUCUGGAGUCUCGCUGUACCACAGAGAUUCGGCAAAAAGUAGCUUAUUAACACACACACACACACACACACACACACACACACACACAUAAUCACUCGUACUAAGUCAAAUUAAAUAUUUGUUCCGAAUCUGAUUUAUUGCAAAUAAUAAAGUUACUGCUGUUAUAAAAGUUGAUGAUGAUGUGAUGAUGAUGAUGAUGAUGAUGAUAAAGGUUUAUGUAUUUAUGAAUAACUGUAAUGUUUUGUCAAUGUGUUGAUUUAAUGAAGUAGUG